UCCGCUGUUGGAAUUUUUAGGGGCAAUAAUUCGCUAGUGACUUCUUAACGCUUCAGUUGAGUACAAAACAUUGAUGUGCGCGGUUGUUAGCACGGCUGACGAAAAGGAGCGAAAAUACGGUCAUCAUCACAUAGCGAGUCUACGGUCAAAUUGUGCAAAACAACCGGUUGAAUACGCGAAAGAUAUAGCAAAAUUUUUUUUUUUUUUGAAUACCGGCUUAUUUAGAGCUACUCUAAAUCGAAAAAAAAAAAUUGGCGAAUAACGAGAACCCUCAUCGUGGGGAAACCCACUUGCAAUGACAGCCAUUUUUACCUUUUAAAUUAAAUAAUUCAGCCCUCGUCGCUUUUUUUAAUGCACACUUGGAUCACCAGUUCGACGCUGACAUAAACAAAGUGACAAAAUAAGCAACGGCAAAGAGGCGAACUUAAGGCAGAGAUAAAAUUAUACUACACGCACUUAAGAUAACUUCGAUUAAAAAAAUAAAAAUAAAAAACAACAAAAGAAAAACAAUGAAAAGUUAAACAGCUCAGAGCUGAAAGAAAAUACCUUUGCUUGAAGAAGUUUGACCGGUACACACACGGCUUAGGUGAUCGAAGAUUAAUACAGCCAUCGCACAUUUAAGUCGCCAUGUCGCAGCUCUACACCCAAUCACAAGUUCAUAGAUAUCCACUACUGGUCGCCUUGAUCUGCUCGACUAUAUCCCUUUGCAUUCCACCGCUCGCCAGCGCAUACAAUGAGGAGCUCCAUCAGCGCGAUGGCAUCCAUGUGCCCUGCACAUUCUUCGAUACAGUCAAUGUCACCGGCGAUCUGCGGUUCGCAAACGGAUCCUAUCUGCACGACGGCGUAUUGAUCCCACCACAACUGGUCGGCUGGUAUGAUUACAUCUAUACGGACUUGGUGCGACGUGUGGAAGUCGAGCCACAUGCACGUGCGUGCAUCUGCAAGCUGAAGCCGUGCAUAAACAUUUGCUGUCCAUGGGGCGCCAGCUACAGCACCAACGAGAGCGCCUGCGUUAACAACACGGACUACGAGUGGCCACAGCCGCUGCUGAAUUUGACGUUGCCAGAUGAGACGCUGAGAUCGGUCGACAUGUUCAAACAAUUUGCGGUGCAAAGUUUUCGCCCUUGCGAAUUCAUGUACUCACUGCAGCCAGAGUUGGGAUCCUUUGACGAUUGGAAACUGUUCGAGAAUGGUACGCUACUCCGCGAAGACGACAUGGUAUAUCUAAGUAAGAACGAAUUCUGUUUCCAUCCGACUGUGGCGAACUACACGGACACUAUGUACAUCAUCAAUCCGGCCAAUUGCAAUUACGAUACGGACUUCAGCACAAUUAAGACUAUUAAUGCGUAUGCUAUGCUUUUCUCCAUACCUUUCAUGAUACUCACCAUUGUCGUCUAUCUGAGCAUUCCGGAAUUGCGCAAUCAGCACGGCAAGUCGUUGGUCUGCUACUUGAUCGGUCUAAUAAUCGGUUACUCGCUGCUGGCUAUGAGUUCCUUGCGCAUGGACUACUACUCUAGCAUAGCAUUUUGCAAGACCCUCGGUUAUGUGGCCUACUACUUCUUUAUGGCGGCAUUCUUUUGGUUGAGUGUGAUCAGCUUCGAUUUGUGGCACAACUUCCGUGGCACACGGGGCAUCAAUCGAUUCCAGGAGAAAAAACGCUACCUUAUUUACUCACUAUACGCCUGGGGCAUCCCUGUGCCCUUUCUGGUGUUCACUUGGUAUGCACAGGAGGUCGCUGAUAUACCCGACUAUCUGAAACCCGGCAUUGGUGGCGGGGAGUUUUGCUGGUUGGAUAUGCGCACUUGGUCGGCGAUGAUAUACUUCUUUGGUCCCAUUGUACUGAUAAUUAUGGCCAACAGCAUAAUGUUCGUUUUGACCGCCAUGAAGAUACACAAGGUGCAGCGUGAAAUGGCACGAAUAAUGGCGCGCGAGGAUAGUACGAAGAAUUUGCGUACCGAAAAGGAUAAAUUCGGACUCUUUCUACGCCUAUUCAUUGUCAUGGGCGUGACUUGGUCUAUGGAGAUUUUGUCGUAUUUUGUAGGCGCCGACAAAGGAUGGGCCAAGAUCUUCUACAUUUCGGACAUUUGCAAUGCCAUACAAGGAUUUCUCAUAUUCAUGUUGUUUGUCAUGAAGAAGAAGGUCAAGCACUUGAUAACCAACCGUACUGUGCGCGUGCGCAGUUACCGUCAAACCGAAUCGACCACAUUUGGCGCCGGUAGCAUAUCGAUGCGUCAACGAUUCCAAAAUGUCUCACUGCACAUACGACAAUUAGUUGUUAUACGAAGCGCUUUCAAUGCUCCCAGAAGUAAUACGAUACACACAGAGAAUAAUUCAGUCUUACACCAUUCGCAUACGGUGUAGAGAGAGAGAGAGAGAGUGAUCCUUCAUCAAAUCAGAAAAAUUUCAUUCCAAUUAAUUUGAAGAUUCAUAUUAUGGACACAAACUUGAACAGAAAGAAAUGUUAGUAAGCGGCUUUCUUUCUUAAAAAAUACUAUCUGUAUCAAAAUGUGUGAGAGUUUUAUGUUGUCUUUGUGAGCAAAAACUGUCUAGAAGGUUGCUUACGCUCAAUGUGUGUGUACAAAUAUAAAUAACUACUAACGAACUGCUCGCUUUCAAAGCGUUGGAAUUCAAAUGUGUAAUUGGA